GGAGGCGGCGCCGUCGGAGGAGGAGGAGCAGGGCACUGCGGCUGGCCCCGGAUCGGGAGCCAGAGCGGCAGCAGCUUCGGCAGCAGCACGGCCCGGGCCAAUGCAGCGGGACGCACCGCCGCGAGCCCCAGCCCCAGCGCCACGGCUCCCUGCGCCCCCGAUCGGGGCCGCCAACAGCACUGGCGGCGGCGGUGGAGGCGGGGGCAGUGGCGGCGGCGGAGGCUCCUCUGCAGCUCCGGCUCCCCCUGGCCUCCCGGGAACUACAAGUCCCAGGGGGCCUGGCGGCGGGCGGAGACCGGAAGAGGCGGGCUCGGCACCUCGAGGCAGGAAGUGGCCUUGGAGGCGGAAGUGGCGCGGCCGCGGAGGGGCCUGGAGUGUGGCGGGACCGGGAGCGGCGGGAGCUGCGGCUGGGGGCGGCGGCGGCGCGCUGGAGGCGGCCAUGGCCAAGCAGUACGACUCAGUGGAAUGCCCGUUUUGCGAUGAGGUCACCAAGUACGAGAAACUUGCCAAGAUCGGCCAAGGCACAUUCGGGGAAGUCUUUAAAGCCAAGCACCGGCAGACCGGCCAGAAGGUGGCUCUGAAGAAAGUGUUGAUGGAGAAUGAGAAGGAGGGGUUCCCCAUCACAGCCUUGCGGGAAAUCAAGAUUCUCCAGCUCCUAAAACAUGAGAAUGUAGUCAACCUAAUUGAGAUUUGUCGGACCAAAGCUUCACCGUAUAAUCGCUGCAAGGGCAGCAUCUAUCUGGUGUUUGACUUCUGUGAGCAUGACCUUGCUGGGCUGCUGAGCAAUGUCUUAGUCAAGUUCACGUUGUCUGAGAUCAAGAGAGUGAUGCAGAUGCUGCUGAAUGGCCUCUACUACAUCCACAGGAACAAGAUCCUACACAGGGACAUGAAGGCCGCCAACGUGCUCAUUACGCGGGAUGGGGUGCUAAAGCUGGCAGAUUUUGGACUGGCCCGCGCCUUCAGCCUAGCUAAGAAUAGCCAGCCCAACCGAUACACCAACCGUGUGGUGACAUUGUGGUACCGGCCUCCGGAGCUGCUGCUCGGAGAGCGGGACUACGGCCCGCCCAUUGACCUUUGGGGUGCUGGGUGCAUCAUGGCAGAAAUGUGGACUCGAAGCCCUAUCAUGCAGGGUAAUACAGAGCAGCACCAGCUUGCCCUCAUCAGCCAGCUCUGUGGCUCCAUCACUCCAGAGGUGUGGCCAAAUGUAGACAAGUAUGAGCUAUUUGAAAAGCUGGAACUGGUCAAGGGCCAGAAGCGGAAGGUAAAGGACCGUCUGAAGGCCUACGUUCGCGACCCCUAUGCUCUGGACCUCAUUGACAAGCUGCUGGUGCUGGACCCUGCACAGCGGAUUGACAGUGAUGAUGCCCUCAACCACGACUUCUUCUGGUCGGACCCCAUGCCCUCGGACCUCAAGGGCAUGCUGUCUACUCACUUGACGUCUAUGUUUGAGUACCUGGCACCGCCACGACGGAAGGGCAGCCAGAUCACCCAGCAGUCCACCAACCAGAGCCGAAAUCCUGCCACUACCAACCAGACAGAAUUUGAACGUGUCUUCUGAGGCUGGUGCUGGCCAGUGUUGUUCUUAGGUUAGGGGUGACUUGCAUGGAACAUGUGACAUGAUGGGAUGUUUGAGAUGUUUCUCCUCCAGUACAUAUUAACUCUCCCACCCUGGCACUGAGAACAGCUGCCUGAGUGGGUUGGGGUGAGCGUUGGCUGCAAGCCCUGAGGGGCCUGGGGCUAUCCUGUCUGCCCUCUCUAGAGGUCUCAGCUGGAGGUCUCAGCAUGGACACGAAGUGAGGUGGGAAAGGCUCACCCACUGUGACUUUCUCAGAACUUACAUGGUAGGAGGAAGGUACAGGUCCCUCACCAUUCCCAGCCCUUCCUCUGGAUGAGAAUUUGAGGGACAGAGGCACCUCCAAAAUGGGCUACUUUUGGUAUAGACCUUAGGAGUGUGGGGGCUGGUGUGAACUCUUGUUCCUUUAAAAGGAGAAUUUUAUUUUGUUUCGUUCAGUUUAGAGAUGUUCCUGGAUACAAUUUGAUUGGUUAAAUUAAAAGUUGGUUAUUUUUUUUCCAGUAAA